AUGGCUAAGAAGAACGGAACGUCAUGGUUUACGGCCGUGAAGAAGAUUCUCUGGUCAUCGUCUAAAGAUUCCGACAAGAAGACACAACAGAAAGAAACUGGUUACAAUAAGAAAAAGGAAAAGAAAGGAUGGAUUUUUCGAAAAACCAAACUCGAAACCACUAACACUGUCACCGACAUCAUACCUACGACGGAGACAGAGGAGGAGGACAAACCGGCGGUGACUAUCACCGCCGUGGAUCAAGCGGUCGCUGAGAUCGUUAAGCUAACAACAACUCCUGGUUAUAUAAGACGUCAUUGGGCUGCCAUUAUUAUUCAGACAGCUUUUAGAGGCUACCUCUCGAGGAGAGCGUUACGAGCAUUGAAAGGGAUAGUGAAGCUACAAGCAUUAGUGAGAGGUCAUAAUGUUAGAAACCAAGCUAAACUCACUUUAAGAUGCAUCAAGGCUUUGGUUCGAGUUCAAGAUCAAGUGCUUAAUCAUCAUCAACAACAACGAUCAAGAGUCUUAUCAUCAUCACCAACAUCGAAUUGUUAUAACAUUGAAGCAAGACGUAAUUCAAUGUUUGCUGAAUCUAACGGUUUUUGGGACACUAAAACAUAUCUUCAAGACAUCCGUAGCCGUAGAUCUCUGUCGAGGGACAUGAAUAGAUGCACCAGUGAAUUUAAUUCAGAAGAAACCGAAUCAAUUUUGCAGAAGAAAGUAGAGAUUGCUAUUAAACGAGAGAAGGCUCAAGCAAUUGCUCUCUCUAAUCAGAUUCGGAGUAGGUCUUGUCGGAAUCAAUCAACCGGCGACGAUAGGGAGUUUCUAGAGAGAACAAAAUGGCUUGACCGAUGGAUGGCUACAAAGCAAUGGGACGACGCAAUCACCAGAGAUCCCAUCAAGACUCUUGAGAUAGUCACCACAACUCAUGAGAGAUCGUAUCCGGCGACUCCACCGUCGUGCAGAGCCACGAGAUCCUUCGGUGUACGAUCAGCUAGUCCGAGAAUACCGUGUUCUUCGCCUUCUUCGAUGACUCAGCCUAAUUACAUGACGGCUACUGAGUCUGCGAAGGCUAAGGCACGGACUCAGAGCACACCACGGCGGCGACCGGUGGGGAUGGCGAAGAAGCGGCUGUGUUAUGCGGAGGAGGAGAAUUUGAGGAGUCCGAGUUUCAAGAGUGCUUAUAAUGGUUGUCUCUGGGGAGAUCAUGAAUCGGAUUACUCUUGUUGUUACGGUGAUGGGUUCGCCGGAAAAAUCUCGCCUUGCUCUACGACUGAACUCCGGUGGUUAAAGUGA